AUAAAAAUAAAAAUGUAGGGGUAGGGGAGGAGUUUUGGAUGGUGUGUAAAAUAGGUGGUUUGUUGAGGUGUUAAGAGGAAAGGACACGCAGAUGUUGUACAGCUGUGCGAUCUGGAGAAUUUCUCUUAUGGCGUCAAAACCCCACCGCCUUCAUCACCUUGCAGGGAGGACGGAGCUAAGCACAGCAAAGAGGGUGAGGAGGACAAUGACCACCCAAUCCUCCAUUUCUGAAGCCUUUACCAACUACACUGACUACCUCAAUCACCUCAAUGAAAAACGGGAAAGAGUGGUAAAAGCAAGUCGUGAUAUUACCAUUAACAGCAAAAAGGUCAUAUUUCAGGUGCACAGAAUCUCUAAAGAUAAUAGAGAGGAAGUUCUAGAAAAAGCAGAAAAGGAUUUGGCGGCUGUGACAGAUCAGUAUAUAUCUCGGCUGGUAAAAGAACUUCAAGGGAGUGAUUUUUGGAAGCUAAGACGAGCAUACUCACCUGGGGUACAAGAAUAUGUAGAAGCUGCAACAUUCUAUAAAUUCUGCCGAACUGGGACUCUUUUGCAUCUUGAGGAGAUAAAUUCUACUUUGUUGCCUCUAAGUGAUCCAUCCCUCGAACCUUUGCAAAUUAACGUCCUUGAUUAUCUCUUGGGGCUUGCUGAUUUGACUGGAGAGCUUAUGAGGUUGGCAAUUGGUCGAAUUUCAGAUGGUGAACUUGAGUAUGCUGAGAAGAUAUGCAAGUUUGUACGUGAUAUCUACAGGGAGCUAUUGCUUCUAGCCCCAAAAAUGGAUGAGAGUUUUGAUAUGAAGACAAAGAUGGAUACAAUGCUUCAAAGCGUAAUAAAGAUAGAGAAUGCUUGCUUCAGUGUUCGUGUCAGAGGAUCAGAGUACUUGCCACUACUUGGUUCUGAUAAUUCAAGUUCCUUCCUUUUGGGAAUGCCAGACAUUGAACCAUGAAGAAGAUUAAAGAUUCCUGUUCCUAACCAAAGACAAUUUGGAGAUAUUUGGAGGAAUUUCGUCAGACUUGUGCAUUUGUGCACUGGGAAAUUUGAAAGGUUGAUAUUUCGUCUUCAGUAUAUUCCACUUAUGGUCACCCCGCAGGUAAGAGCUAUCCUACUUUGCUUGAUGAAAAGAAUUCAUGCCUCUAGUUUCUGAAGAGCAUCAACCUUUUCUAUCUUGAAGUUGAUCAUAAUAGUUGAGCUUAAAGGGAUGCAAUUUACCGAAAGAGCUGUUUGGCAUGAGGCCCACAGAGAUGUUAACAUACCCUUUUGUGUUAUCCAAAGAGUAUGUAGAUUAACAUUUUGGUUGUGCAUUAACUUGUUUUCUAUGAGCUAAUAGAUAUAAAGCAGUAAAUCUUACAAUA